CCACCCCCCCUCUCUCUUGCUCUCCUCUCAAGCAAAAGUAGCUGUCAGCGGGAAGACCCAAGAGGCUGAAACCAAGCUGCAUCAGCCAUGUCUAGGGCAGCAUCAGCGUGCGCCAAGACCAUCAUUCGUAGCCCUGCGUUGAGGAGCGCCUCCCGCCCGGCGACGAAUCUCAUCUCUCCCUCCGCCAACACCUCGCAGAAGGCCUCGCGCUGUAGGCCGGCAUUUCGUCUUCCAAGGCCUAACACGACCACCAUAUCCUCCAGAUACCCUGUGGAGUUGAGCAGUUCCUUGCUUUCUAUGAUGCCCUUUCACAGCGUCAAUGCCACCGCCAGGCUCCGGUCAAUGCUUUCGCCCUCGUCCCCAAGCUGCUGGGGAUGGAUUUCUGAAGGUAAUGAUGAUGUAUGAUGGUCACUCAUCAAUUAGAUUGAAGACAGUUGCAACUUUGAUAAACUUGUGCUUGUGGGGGAUCCACAAGAUGAGUUCUAUGAACUUUAAAAGACUGGGUGGAUAAGCUACUGGAUGCUUAAUGAGCUUACUGUUGAACUGAUUGUCAUCCUGCUCUUUUUGACGCCAAAUUGUGGAUUAGCCUAAUGGCAAACCUACAUGUUGCUUGUUUACGUGUCACCAAGAUGUGCUUUUGCAAUCCUUCCAUUAUAUUGAAACUGAGCUGCAGCAGUUUUGUGGACAAGGACAAUGAAAACAUAUCUAUGAAAAAUGUGAUUCUGCUUUGUCCACUGUUUUUUUUUUAAUUACUGAGCAUAUCACCUGCUCCAUAUGUGUACAUAAAUGCUGCCUGUUCGAAAUACACAAACUAGAUACUCUUUAGCUGCUUAUCUCAACUUCAA